UUGUUUUUAUGAAACAAUAGUAUUUGCAUCUUUUAAAAUACAUACAUAAACGUUAAAGGUAAACAUGUGUAAACAUAUUGUAUUUGGACUACUCUUCUUCGUUUUACUGUCUUUAACUAUUGACCAUCGGCCAGUUUACGCUGAGAAUGAUGCUGUAUUUCAACAAAGAAACGAAUACCACUUUAUCAAUAGUGAGGCCCGACAUCUCUUUUCAUCAUUGAGACGGAAUAAACGUGGAUUUACAGAUAUAGACCCAAGUAACCGCGCGACGGAAACUCCCUCCUCAACGACGACAUCAACAACUCCCCCAUCUCCUCCCCCAAAAGCUACCAACUCCCCACAUCAAACUACUCUUGCACCUACAACCAACUCGCCGACGACUAUUUCCAAUGCAACAUCUUCAGCCAUUGAAAAGUUGAAAAAACUACUUAAAGAAAAGUGGUGGAGUAGAUUUCCAAAAUUUCCCGCAAAAAAGUUUAAAUUUUGAGCAUGCUACGACAGACAGACAAGUGUUUUUUUUAACUGGUAUAAAUGUAUGUACGCGUACGAUGCCUGGGUUAUAGA